UGUUUCAUUUAAUUACACAAAAUAAAGAGUUUUUGCAAUUUGAAUUGCCACAACUCCCGCGCACUCGUCCAUCGGUACAUGUAAUUCCGCGUGCGCAUGCGCCUGCCAGUCGAUACUUCGUUUCUCCAAGGUGCUGAAGCGGCGGCGACUCGGUAGUUCUUGGAUAAUGCUAUUUUAUCACUACUAAAAGUGAUUAUUGUCUUUUUGGUGGCUCUUAUUUAUUAAAGGUUGACAAACAUAACUCAUCAAGGCUUAAAUGGCGUCAGAUGAAGUCGAAGAGGACGCCUUUGCCGGCGGUGAAGAAGAGGUAGCAGAAGAAGGGUCAGCGAAUGUCUCUCGACCAGAGGGCACGACUGAAGAAAAUUCUCCAGAAUCUGAAGAAGGACCCCCGGGAGGAGAAGACGAUGAUGAUUAUGAACCAGAAGAUGGGCGAAAUAAAAGAAAAAAGGGUAAGAAAAGAAAAGCAAAAAGUGAAGACAAAAAAGGAAAAAAGAAAAAGAAGAAGAAAAAAGCAGAAAGUGGAGAGGAAAGUGAUUUUGGUUUUGAUGAAGAGGCUGGAGGAAAUGACUCAGAUUACGCAGGCAGUAAGAAGUCAAGGAAAUCUCGAGGCCAAAAACACACUAAUUCAACACCACCUCCUCCUCCUCCUCCUCCAGUUCAAGAUUCAAACUCAGGAAUGCCUACAGUGACAGAAGUUUGUGAUACUUUUGGUCUUCAGGAUGUUGAUGUUGAGUAUACUGAAGCCGAUUUCCAAAAUUUAACUACCUACAAGUUGUUUCAACAGCAUGUCCGGCCAUUAUUGGCUAAGGAGAAUCCAAAGGUACCAAUGUCGAAAUUAAUGAUGUUGGUUGCGGCAAAGUGGAGAGACUUUACGAACAUUAACCCAAAUGCUGAACAAGAAACCGAGAGUGUGUCUGAAGAGAGUUUCAGUAGGAAGGGAAGUCGCUCAAGACCCAGUAAAGAGGCAUCAAAAGCUGAGGGUGAAGGAGCUGCUGAAGAAGAAGAUGAUGAAGAUAGAGAAGAAAAGAGCAAGAAAAAGAGAGGAAGUAGGAGUAAGAAGGCAAGUAAGAAGAAUCCAAAAGUUCCAGCUUUGAAGAUAAAGCUGGGCAAACGAAAGCGUGGAAGUUCAGAGGAAGAGGGAGAAGCUAGUGGAGGAACAGAUCGUGACUCUGAUGCAGAAUUUGAGCAAAUGCUUCAGGAGGCCGAAGAAGCCUCGAAGACUCCAGAUGAACCUGGUGAAGAGGAACAAGAGAGUGGUAGUGGAGAAGCAGCUUCAACAAGUCAGACUCCUGCUCCUCGCCGUAAAGCAAAGACCAAAAUUGGUAAUAAAAGCAAGAAGAAAAAGAAAACUAAAACUACAGCGAAGUUCCCUGGUGGUGAAGGCGAAGAUGGUUACGAGACCGACCACCAGGAUUAUUGCGAAGUAUGUCAACAAGGGGGAGAGAUUAUCUUGUGUGACACAUGCCCUCGAGCAUACCAUUUGGUGUGUUUGGAGCCUGAACUGGAAGAGACUCCUGAAGGCAAGUGGUCUUGUCCGCACUGUGAAGGCGAAGGCAUACCUGAACAAGAUGACGAUGAACACAUGGAAUUUUGCAGAGUUUGUAAGGAUGGAGGAGAACUGCUCUGUUGCGAUUCCUGCCCUUCAGCAUACCACACUUUCUGUCUGAAUCCACCCCUCACAGACAUACCUGAUGGAGACUGGAAAUGUCCCAGAUGUUCAGCAAAGGCCUUACCUGGUAAGGUAGCUAAAAUUUUGACUUGGCGAUGGGCUGAGAAGAAAGAUCAGGAGCCAGAGAAGCCAUCAGAAGAACCGUCAACCAGCAAAAAGCCUCCAAAAUCUCCUAAGCCUCAGCGAGAAUUUUUUGUUAAAUGGCAUGAAAAAUCAUACUGGCAUUGCUCAUGGGUGUCAGAACUUCAGAUGGAUGUAUUCCACCCUCUUAUGAUUCGAAAUUACAUGCGUAAGUAUGACAUGGACGAGCCUCCAAAAUUAGAGGAACCUCUAGAUGACUUAGAUCAUCGCAUGAAGAGAAUUAAAGAAGCCAAUGCUGAUGACAUGGCACUUGAGGAGAAAUUUUACAGGUAUGGAAUUAAACCAGAAUGGAUGAUAGUCCAUAGAGUUAUUAAUCACAGAGUGAUGAGAGAUGGUAGAACAUUGUACCUUGUGAAGUGGAGAGAUUUGUCUUAUGAUCAAGCAACCUGGGAAGAUGAAAAUACUGAAAUUUUGGGGUUGAAACAGUCCAUUGAAUAUUAUAUGGAUUUACGGGCGUCUUGCAAUGCAGAAGGAAUGACAAGUAAAAAAGGAAAGAAAGGAAAAGGGAAAAAGACAAAAACAAAAGAGCUGCAAGAAGAAGAAGGAAACGACAAAAUCCCUCGGCGCUAUACUCCUCCUCCUGAGAAACCUCUCACAGACUUAAAAAAGAAAUUAGAUAGGCAGCCUGAUUACAUUGACCAGACUGGUAUGCAGCUUCACCCAUACCAGUUAGAAGGAUUAAAUUGGUUGCGAUAUUCGUGGGGGCAGGGAAUAGACACCAUUCUUGCAGAUGAAAUGGGUCUGGGAAAGACUAUUCAGACCAUCACAUUUUUGUAUUCUUUAUAUAAGGAAGGACAUUGUAAAGGACCUUUCUUGUUAAGUGUACCUCUUUCAACGAUUAUUAACUGGGAACGAGAAUUUGAAACUUGGGCCCCUGAUUUUUAUGUAGUGACAUAUGUAGGAGACAAAGAUUCUCGUGCAGUGAUCAGGGAAAAUGAAUUAUCAUUUGAAGAAGGAGCAGUCAGAGGGGGCAGAGCAUCAAAAAUUCGCUCUUCAUCUAUUAAAUUCAAUGUUUUGCUCACAAGUUACGAGUUAAUUUGUAUUGAUGCAGCAUGUUUAGGGUCUAUUGAUUGGGCUGUUCUAGUUGUAGAUGAAGCCCACAGACUGAAGAGCAAUCAGUCCAAGUUCUUCCGGAUUUUGGCAUCAUACAAUAUUCAGUACAAACUACUAUUGACUGGAACACCUCUUCAAAAUAACCUAGAGGAAUUGUUUCAUCUCCUUAAUUUCCUUUGUAAAGAGAAAUUUAAUGAUUUAUCUGCUUUCCAAAAUGAAUUUGCUGACAUCUCGAAAGAAGAGCAGGUGAAAAAGUUACAUGAAAUGUUAGGUCCUCAUAUGUUGCGACGAUUAAAGGCUGAUGUCUUAAAGAACAUGCCAUCAAAAUCUGAAUUCAUUGUUCGUGUUGAACUUUCACCAAUGCAAAAGAAAUACUAUAAAUUCAUUCUCACUAGGAACUUUGAAGCCCUAAAUCCAAAAGGUGGUGGCCAACAGGUGUCAUUAUUGAACAUCAUGAUGGAUCUGAAGAAAUGUUGCAAUCAUCCUUACCUUUUUCCGGCCGCUGCCCAAGAAGCUCCAACUACUGCUAGUGGCUCUUACGAAGCAAGUGCUUUAACAAAGGCGUCUGGGAAAUUAGUGUUGUUGUCUACUAUGCUGCGGAAGUUGAAAGAACAAGGGCACAGAGUACUCAUAUUUUCACAAAUGACAAAAAUGUUGGACAUUUUGGAAGAUUAUUUGGAGGGAGAGGGCUACAAGUAUGAACGGAUUGAUGGUAAUAUUACCGGGUCUGUGAGACAAGAAGCCAUUGAUAGAUUUAAUGCUCCUGGGGCUCAACAAUUUGUGUUCUUACUUUCCACAAGAGCUGGUGGUUUAGGUAUCAAUUUAGCUACUGCUGAUACUGUUAUUAUCUAUGAUUCUGAUUGGAAUCCUCACAAUGAUAUUCAAGCAUUUUCAAGAGCUCAUCGUAUUGGACAGGCCAAUAAAGUCAUGAUUUAUCGGUUUGUCACUCGUAACUCUGUAGAAGAAAGAGUAACUCAGGUGGCAAAAAGAAAAAUGAUGUUGACUCAUUUAGUUGUGCGCCCUGGAAUGGGUGGACGUGGAGCAACGUUUUCAAAACAGGAACUUGAUGAUAUUUUACGAUUUGGUACUGAAGAACUUUUCAAGGAAGAAGAAGGAAAGGAAGAUGAAGCUAUUCAUUAUGAUGAUAAAGCUAUUGAUGAAUUAUUGGAUAGAUCGAAGGAGGGUAUUGAACAGAAAGAGAAUUGGGCCAACGAAUAUCUAUCUUCAUUCAAAGUUGCCAGUUAUGUUACCAAAGAAGGAGAAGAUGAAGAAGAAGCGACAGAGAUUAUCAAACAAGAAGCGGAGAACACUGAUCCUGCAUACUGGGUUAAAUUAUUACGGCAUCAUUAUGAACAACAACAGGAAGACAUGGCACGCACACUUGGCAAAGGCAAGAGAGUGCGCAAGCAGGUUAAUUACAAUGAUGGAAACGAAGGAAGAGAUGAUGCAACGUGGCAAGAAAACUUAUCAGACUACAAUUCAGACUUCUCCGCCCCAUCAGAUGAUGACAAAGAGGACGAUGAUUUUGAUGAAAAGACUGAUGGUGUUGAUCCUGGAAGGCGAAGCAGAAGGCGGAUGGAAAGAAAGGAUGAGAAGGAUCGACCUCUACCGCCGCUUCUGGCGCGAGUGGGAGGAAAUAUUGAAGUUCUGGGUUUCAAUGCUCGUCAGAGAAAGGCAUUUCUCAACGCUAUUAUGCGUUAUGGUAUGCCACCUCAAGAUGCUUUUAACUCUCAGUGGUUGGUGCGUGACUUAAGAGGAAAAUCUGAGAAAAACUUCAAGGCAUAUGUUUCUUUAUUUAUGCGACAUCUUUGUGAACCUGGUGCAGAUAAUGCAGAGACGUUUGCCGAUGGGGUUCCAAGAGAAGGUUUAAGUCGACAACAUGUUUUGACACGGAUUGGUGUCAUGUCCUUAAUAAGAAAGAAGGUUCAAGAAUUUGAACAUAUCAAUGGCUAUUAUAGUAUGCCUGAACUCAUUCGCAAACCUGUGGAACCUGUGAAAUUAGUUGGCAGUGGGGAAGCCGGAGAACGUAGUGCUACCACUAGCACAAGUGCCACACCGGCAACGAGUGCUGCAGCCAGCCCAGCUCCAACAUUGAAUAUGUACUGUAUUUAUAUCUACAUUCGAUUGAUAUUUUUAUUUUUAGAAAAUAUGAAUUCCAGUCAUUCUGUUUCUGUUAUAGCUAUGAUAUUUUCACCAAAUGUUUGUAAUGAUACAAAUCACAUAUAUAAUAAGAAAAUAAUUAAUGAAAAUUCUUCUGUGGAAGAUCUUAGUACAAACAAGGAUGAUGUUACAAAAGAAAAAGAGCCUGUAAAAGAAGAAGGAAAAGACACACCACCAACAGAAAUUAAAAAAGAGGAAACUGAAGUUAAACCUGAAGAAGAGGAGAAGAAAGAAGACAGUACUCCAAGUACAUCUGCAGCGGUCAAAGAGGAAGUAAUUGAAGAGAAAGAAAAGUCUGAAGAAAAGAAAGAGCCUGCAGAGAGUGAAGAGAAGAAACCAACAGAAGAACAGCCCAAGGAAAAUGGAGAAGAAAAGACUGAGAGCAAAAUUAAAACUGAAAGUGAGGAAAAGCCUAAGGAAGAUGAAACAUCAACAACUGCUGCAGCAAGUUCUACUUCUACCACUCCUGCUGCUGGGACAUCGAAAAAAGAUGAUGAUGAUGUUGUGGUUGUAAAAGAUGAAUCAAGUGAAGAAAAGAAAGAGGAUAAGAAAGAUGGUAUAAAGGAGGAAAAGAAAGACGAAAAGUCAGAAGAAGUGAAGAUCAUUGAUGAUAUAAUGGAUAAACAGAAACGGAAGUUUAUGUUCAAUAUUGCUGAUGGAGGUUUUACAGAAUUACAUACCUUAUGGCUGAAUGAAGAGAAAGCUGCUGUACCUGGUCGUGAAUAUGAAAUUUGGCACAGGAGGCAUGAUUACUGGCUUCUGGCUGGUAUUGUGACUCAUGGUUAUGGUCGCUGGCAAGAUAUUCAAAAUGAUAUUAGGUUUGCAAUAAUAAAUGAACCAUUUAAAAUGGAUGUAGGGAAAGGAAAUUUCCUAGAAAUCAAAAACAAAUUUCUUGCGAGAAGAUUCAAGCUUCUUGAACAAGCUCUGGUCAUUGAGGAACAACUACGUCGAGCAGCUUACUUGAAUCUUACCCAAGACCCAAACCAUCCAGCAAUGUCUCUCAAUGCUAGGUUUGCAGAGGUGGAAUGUCUUGCAGAAUCACACCAGCAUCUAUCUAAGGAGAGUCUGGCUGGCAAUAAGCCUGCAAAUGCUGUUUUGCACAAGGUUUUAAACCAGUUGGAGGAGCUGCUGUCGGACAUGAAGUCGGAUGUGAGCCGGUUGCCGGCCACCCUGGCGCGCAUCCCCCCCGUGGCCCAGCGGCUCCAGAUGUCAGAGCGCUCCAUUCUGUCUCGCCUAGCAGCCACAACUACUACUGGGAGCACCCCGACCACCCCCACCACCUCCCAGCAGGGUCCCGCUGCUUUAUUGAAUAGUCAAUUCCCAGGCAGUUUCCCAGGUGGCCAACUCCCUGCCGCCUUUGGCGGCGCAAAUUUUGCCAACUUCCGACCUCAAUAUUCUGUCCCUGGUCAGCCAACACAAGGAUUUCCUGAAAAAAAUUGUGCUCACUUAAACCAUCACCUCAGUGAAUUGAAUCACCAUCUGAGAGGAAAUCCUGUGAAAAUGUGUGGUUGUGCAAGACAGAUCUGGAAGAGGUUUUCAGAAUGGGAUUUUUUUGUAAAUGUAAAAAAACUAUUGCCUCUUAGCAUUGAUGCAAGUCAGUAUUAUAUAUUCCAUAUUGACAUGAAGUAUUUAAUGUUGUGCGGAAGUGGCACUGUUUUGCAAAUGUUUGAAAUGUUUGUUCAUUUUAAAUCCUUGCAAAAUACUAGCGAGCGAGCCAACUAUGUCAACAGCCCGCACGUCAUCGCCAUGGUGGGGCUGCCCGCCCGUGGCAAGACCUACAUCUCGAAGAAGCUGUCUCGCUACUUGAACUGGAUCGGCAUCAACACGAAAGAUACCGGGCACUCUGGAUGAAAAAUUUAAGCGGAAGAAUCUGGCCACCAUUGUGAAAGUGGAUGUGAAGGACAAGUCUUGAUGAAAGCUCCCAGAAUUAGCCUGGCCAUCAAUUGGGACUGCCAGGGAUACAAAGGGAAUGGGGAUGUGAUUAUCUGGUGCUAUUUGAAUCAGUAAGAACAUUCAGCACGAAAUGUUCCAUGGGAACAGUAUCGCUUGAAGAGAGUAUGUCUUGUCAAUUUUACACUUCUUUGUCGAGAAAAAAGUUUUGGAUUUCCUAUAAUUACAGUGGAAGAACAUUUAUUAUAGUUUUAUGUUUUUGACAUCACAUGUUUGAAAUAGAUGCAAUUUUUAAUUUUAAUUCUUUGAGAUAGUAAAAUUCAAUAUAUAAAAUGGAACAAAAAUUGACCAUUGUAAAAUUUCAGUCAAUAACAAUGUUUGUAUUAUUGUUUGGUAAAUUUGUAAUAAUGUUUCCAAUUCCCUUUGUAUUCAUGGUAGUUUGCAUAUAAAGACAUUUUAAGUUGUUCCUGUACAGUUAAUGUGCACUUUUGUUUAUUAGAUUUUGCCAAGUUUUUUUGGCCUCAAUUAUGUAUAUUGCUAGAAGGUAGUGGGAAAAGUAUAAAAAAAUUGAAUUCUGCUGGAAUAAUACUUUAGUUUGUUUGUAAUUUAGAAAAUUAUUGAUAACUAUCAGUAUAAUUUGCUGUUACAACAUGGAAUGAAUGUGCUUCUCUGUGAUCCCAUCCCAGUGCAUUCUGUGGGUAUAUUAAAAGUGGUUGCUAAUUGCAUGUAUUCUUAACCAUUACAGUUUGGCAGAUAGUGACAGUUGAUGUUCUCAUAAAUGAGACCCAAGUUAGGUCUCAAGUAUUUCAUAGGGUGUCACGCAUUUAUAAUCAUGUGUGUUUUCCUUCCCAUUAAAAGAUAAAUUACGAUAUAAAAAUGACAAUUAAAUGUGAAUUAACAUAGUAUAUCAAAUUAGGUGUUGUCAAUACAAGAAUCAUGAUUGUCUGUCACUUUAAACACGAUGAUAAUUGUUAUCAUUACAUCUGCUUAGUGAUCAUGAUGACAUUUGAAAAUAAUUGUCACCUGAUGUAAAAUAUGUGUCUUUUGCAACCCACAUGCCAAUACUCGUAUCAGAACCUGGUGAUGUACUUUAUUAUUGCUGUAGUAAAAAAAUGUUUAGGGUACUGAAAUAACUUCCUAUUCAUCUACAUGUGAAUGUCAGUAUAUUGUUGUUUUGCAGUGAAGAUGUUUGAUUCUGUUAAAGACAUUUAAUGUUUAGAAAUUUGAUUUAUGAAGUAGAAAUCAUAUAGUAAGAGAUUCUACUUAGUCUAUGUGUUAUUAUCAUUAAAAUUUUUCUUUACAACAUAUUUUGUAUGGUCUUUAGAAUGUGGUGUGAACCCAAAAUUAUUUUCUGUGGGUUUUUUCAAUUUUAUUUUUCUGAUAAUAAAUAAUUUUAUCAUAUUUAAUAUUGGUAUGUAAGAAAAUUUAGGAGGUUAAAGAAUUGUGAAAGGAAAAUAUUUAAUAUUACCUUCUCUGUGGAAAAAAGGAUGUUGCAUGCAAAUGUUCAGAUUGUAUCUGCAACAUUUGAAUUGUUGAUAGAAAUGUGUGCAUGUCAAGAAUAUUAAAUGUGUCUGCCUACUCUUAUAAUUACAUGUUAACUGUAAUGCUCUAAAUGUGAAUUAUAGAUUUAUAUUUGUUAAAGAAC